AUGGCUGCCAACAGCGAAAACAACGGCAGCGAGCCUACCUUGCGCCGUCGCGAGUCCUUGUCCGAGAUUCGAGCUGCCAACCCCGACUUGGCUCUCAGCGGUAACAUUAUCUCGGCCACCUUCAACACACCGCACUCCUUUGUCUAUCGAAAAGGCGGUGAUUGGGACUUGAAAUCUCGUCGUGGUCAAUCCGCUCUCUUUGAUUCCUUCGCAUACCUUUCUUCCGACGCUACUCCAUGGAAUCACACUGUCGUCGCAUGGACCGGUGAGAUCGACGCUCCCACCGAUGACGUCGUUUCCUCACCUGGCACACCCGCCCCAAACACAUUAGGUGCCACUUCUCUCAACGCACUCUCCGCACCUGUUCCCAUUGAUGGUAACACACGCCUGCCGACUCCGCCUCCCGUUGAUGGUCUCUGGGUUCCUCGCGAGGACCAAGACCGUCUCGAGUACCGAUUGUCUCACAACAAGACUAUCCGAACCUACCCAGUUUGGCUCUCCGAUGAGUCUGAGGCUACCUCCGAAGGCAUCCUUCUCAAGGACCAGGCCCGCUGGCGACGAUAUGCCGAGCAUGAUCUUUACACACUUCUUCACUACAAGCAACAUGAGCCGACCGACGGCCGACGUGAGCGCGUUCAAUGGGCCGAUUACUACCGCAUGAACCAAAAGUUCGCCAACAAGAUCAUCGAGAUUUACAAGCCCGGCGACAUCGUAAUCGUCCACGAUUACUUCCUCAUGUUGCUUCCUAGCAUGCUGCGACAGAGAGUGCCUAACAUGUACAUCUCAUUCUUUCUGCAUUCGCCUUUCCCCAGUAGUGAGUUCCUCCGCUGCCUUCCCCGUCGCAAGGAGGUUCUCGAGGGUGUUUUGGGCUCCAAUCUCAUUGGAUUCCAAUCCUACAGCUAUUCUCGCCACUUCCUGAGCUGCUGUACCCGAAUUCUCGGUUUCCCAUCUGACACUCUUGGGAUCGAUGCCUAUGGAACCCGUGUCCAGGUUGGUGUCUUCCCAAUUGGUAUUGAUGCCGCCAAGGUUGAGAACUUUGCCUGGACCGAUGCUGUGACUGAAAAGUGCAAUGCCUUGCGACAACUCUACCGCGGCAAGAAGAUCAUCGUCGGACGUGAUCGUCUUGAUAGUGUUAGAGGUGUUGCUCAGAAGCUGCAGGCGUUUGAGCGCUUCCUUGAAAUGUACCCUGAGUGGCGUGAGAAGGUGGUCUUGAUCCAGGUCACCUCACCCACUAGCGUCGAGGCAGAGAAGGAGGAUUUGGAGGACGACACCAAGGUUGCGACCCGCGUCAACGAGCUCGUUAUGCGCAUCAACGGCAUGUACGGCAGCCUGGGUUUUUCACCAGUUCAGCACUAUCCACAGUAUCUCAGCCAGAACGAGUACUUCGCCCUUCUCCGAGCUAGUGACAUGGGACUUAUUACCUCUGUUCGUGACGGCAUGAACACCACGAGUUUGGAGUACAUCAUCUGCCAAAAAGUCGGCAACGCUCCUCUCAUUCUCUCCGAGUUCAGUGGUACUGCUAGCAGUCUGGGCGACGCCAUUCACAUCAACCCAUGGGAUCUCAGCGGCGUUGCUGAGAAGAUCAACGCCGCUCUUACCAUGUCCGACGACAAGCGACAGGAGAUGCAGUCCCGCCUUUACCAACACGUUACUGAGCACAACGUCCAGUCAUGGAUCACCAAGUUCAUUCGCAAGGUCUACAACGUUCUCGGCGACACCAGUUCAGCCAACUCGACGCCACUUCUCGAUCGCGCUCUUCUUCUUACUCAGUACCGCUCAGCGAACAAGCGCUUGUUUAUGUUCGACUAUGACGGUACCCUGACACCAAUUGUUCGUGAGCCUAGUGCUGCAGUGCCCUCGCAGCGUCUUAUUCACACCCUCGACCUGUUGGCCGCUGACCCGAAGAACGCCGUCUGGAUCAUCUCGGGACGAGACCAGGAGUUUCUGAAGCAGCACCUCGGCAACAACACACGCCUUGGAUUCUCAGCUGAGCACGGUAGCUUUAUGAAGCACCCUGGCUCAGAUGAGUGGGAAAACCUUGCGGAGACGUUCGAUAUGGGAUGGCAAGCUGAGGUGAUGGAAGUGUUCCAGAAAUACACAGACAGAGUACAAGGUUCCUUCAUUGAACGAAAACGAUGCGCUUUGACGUGGCACUACCGACUAGCUGACCCUGAGCAAGGCAUCCACAUGUCGCGGGAGUGCCACAAGGAGCUUGAGUCUACUGUAGCUUCCAAGUGGGAUGUUGAGGUGAUGCCUGGUAAGGCGAACAUCGAAGUCCGCCCCACGUUUAUCAACAAGGGAGAGAUCGCGAAGCGCCUCAUCACCAUGUACCACACCCCUGGUACCGCUGAAGACAACGACGGAAAUGGGCACCUCGAGUUUGCGCUGUGCAUGGGCGAUGAUUUUACCGACGAGGACAUGUUCCGUAGCCUCAACGCUGCUUCGGGCCCUGUGCUCGACGCUAACCACGUCUUCACAGUCACUAUCGGCGCCAGUACAAAGGUCACAUUAGCCAAGUCCCAUCUCCUAGAGCCGGAGGACGUGAUCGAGUGUGUGGCUCUUCUGGCAGGUGUCCAGGACCAAGGCGAGCGUCUUGGUGAAGUAAACCUUGGAGCGUUGAGCGCUGUUGAAGGACACGUUCCCCAACAACAAGAGAUGUAA